GAUUCUACUCGUGAGCUUGGGCGUAAUAAUCAAUUGUUGUGGUUGUGCAAAACAUGUCACGAGUUUCGCAUUGGCACAAAUUCACUUCUCACAAAUCGGCUAUCAAGAGCGAUUUGCUUCCUGAGAUCCUUGCUCUCGUUGAUAAGCGAGCGCUAACACCCAUAUUAGCUAAGCCGUCUGUUAGCAACGCAUCGCGAUCGCACACAUCCACUAAUGUAUCGUCACUCAAUGCCACAAAUACAUCCAGAACGACUAAAACAGCUUCCGCUCGCCGUACAUUUACUAACUCAACGGAGCUCACUGAUGAUAUCCAAGCUGCGAACGAUACCAACACUGUGGAAGAUUCUGACAACUGUAACCACUACAAUCAUCGUACUAAGGUGACUAGUGAUAUUAGUGCUGGAAACUGCCGAACAAAUACAAAAUCAUCUUCUGAUCCUGUUUUGAACCAUGAUAUCACGAACACUGGCAUAGCCGAGAAAGUAUGGUUAUACUUCACGAACAUCAAAUCGCAUGUCUCGGCUGAUGAUAUGCGUGUGUGGCUUAAAGCUGUGCUACCAACGGACGAUAUUAAUGUUUACCGUCUCACGAAAAAGGGUGUGAACCUGGACUCGAUGUCCUUCAUAUCGUUCAAAGUGAGUGUUCCUAAAUCUCUUAAGGAGCUUGCGCUGCAGUCUACUAUUUGGCCAGUUUCACUUACUGUUCGGGAGUUUGUUGCUCGUGGCCUACCAAAGCAACGUGUACAUGAAAGGGCUCGAUUUGACCCUUCCGAGCUUAUUUCGCAUCGUACAAAUAGUGAAAAUUGCUCUUCAGCUGUGCCAAAAACUACCGCUCAUCCGGAUCAUUUUUUGGAUCAUCGAUCGCCAUCCCCACAGCGCGUGAUUCUAUCACCAUCCCAGAUGACCGAGAUCCUAGAGGCUAUUCAACUGGAGUUUCCUCCCACACCGCCUCAGUUAUCACCGGGGGUGGGGCUUCAAUCACAAUCCAAUCUCAGCAACACGAACCGCUCACCACAGAUCAGCCCGUUUGCCAAACGGAUAGCUCACAAUUAA